AUGUUUAUCCUGUACUGGAGCAAUGCGUAUGGUUGCGUUGGCCUUGAGCCGAAGAUUUCGGGGACGACCCGCAUGAGACAGCACUCCGACUUUAGCGACGCCUUCGGGCCGCUCUCCUCGAAGCGGCGACGAGGGACCAACUUUGCGGCGGUGCGGCGGCGGCUGCCGUGGCUCUUUAUAGCGCUGCUCCUCGUUUACGGCCUCUCCUUCCUCUGGGGCGACGCAGAGCACGCCAGGCGCGGCGCCAAGCGCCCGGCCAGCACAUUGGCGGGCCAGCGAAUCGCCCGCACAGCGGCUGGCCCGCACAGCGCCUCUUCGCACCCCGACCCGGCGAUGGAGGCGCUCGGCAUCAAGAUGGUGCAGCAGGCCCGCGGCAAGGUGUCGGAGCCGGGAUGCGACCGCGGCGCGGCUGGCGCACAGGCUCGCUUCUUCUAG